CGCGUGUCGUCAUCGCAGCGCGCCGGAAGUGACGGAGGACUGGCGCGUGCUGGCCGGAGGCGAGGAGCGAAGCGAGGAGCGAGAUGCCUGUGACUGUGGGGCCAUAUGGACAGUCCCAGCCCAACUGCUUUGACAGAGUGAAAAUGGGCUUCAUGAUGGGCUUUGCUGUUGGCAUGGCGGCAGGGGCACUGUUUGGCACAUUUUCCUGCCUCAGGAUUGGCAUGAGAGGACGAGAACUGAUGGGUGGAGUUGGCAAAACCAUGAUGCAAAGUGGUGGCACGUUUGGGACAUUCAUGGCCAUUGGCAUGGGAAUCCGCUGCUAACCUGGAGCAUGGGAUUUUUUUAACCUGAAGACUAAUGCCCCUGUUCAAUCAUUCCACCUAUGUAAUAUAAUAAAAUUUUUGGGUAUCUAAAA